UUAUAGAGCCCGUGGUAAAAUAUAGCUCACAUUCUUAUUUGAAUGUAAGUACAGUUGUGAUCUACCGUGCCGCGUCGAUACAAUGAGCUAGUUUAUUAAUACAAAUACCCACUGAGUUUUGUUCUCAGACCAGUUCCCCACCCACAACAGUGCAAUGUAACUUGAUAGCAUCCAGUACCUGACCUUGAUUCGGAUCGGAUAGUGUGACUACGAUAUUUUAAAUAGGUAUCAUAACUACAUAUUGCAAAUUAAUACAAUUACAAACAAAAGUUUGAAUCAAAAUGACGCGUUUGUUCAUAUUAUUAUUUCCAUUAUUAACCGGAAGUAUUGCACAAAAACCUAUAGACGACUGUAUACAUAUUGAUGAAAUUAGCAUAUCAUCGUUCAGCAAAUUCAUAGUACCUUCAUUAGAUGGGAAACACAAAGGAGAAGCCGGCAAAGUGGGAGUAAUCGGUGGGUCUGUUGAAUAUACUGGUGCGCCCUACUUUGCUGCAAUAUCAGCAUUGAAGGCCGGUGCGGACUUAGUUUAUGUUAUCACAACAGACAGUGCAGCACCUGUCAUAAAAACAUACAGCCCUGAUUUGAUCGUCUAUCCAUAUCUGCACAAAGAAUACAGAUCUGUUAUACAUUCCCUAUUACCUAAGAUGGAUGUGGUCGUAAUUGGCCCUGGCUUGGGCCGUGAAAAUGAAACAUUAUCUUUAAUUUACGAUAUUAUUAGCACCUGUAAAGAUUUAUUGAAACCCUUAGUUAUAGAUGCCGAUGGCCUAUACGCCAUAUCACGUAAUGUCUCGAUUAUAAAAGAUUAUCCAAGUCCAGGGGUGAUCCUCACACCAAACCAUUACGAAGCUGAAAGACUAAAGAUCAGUGUUUCAGAUGACACUUCAAACUGGUAUAGAUACUGGGGAGAUUAUGUGUCUAUUCUGGUAAAAGAUUCCGAAGAUCAAUUCCAUUCAAAUAUUCCUAACUUGGAAUGGCAUGUAUCAGGAGGGGGAACCGGCAGAAGAGCUGGAGGCCAAGGGGACAUUUUGUCAGGAAUUUUGGCCACUUUAUAUAAUUGGUCUCUAAAAGCAAAUCUGUGCGUAAAAUAUCCUGUCCAAGUGGCACAAAGUUUAGCUUGUUAUGUAGCAUCAAAUCUAACUAGAACAUGUAAUUUUAAAGCUUAUCUUAUAUAUGGAAGAAGCAUGACAGCAUCGGACAUGAUAAAUAAAAUUCACGUUGCAUUUGAAUACAUUCUAACCCGUGAUUAGACGAGGAUGUAGUUAUAUAAUACUGUAUUAGUUUAAUAAAUCAUUAUUAUAUGCUAUAAUAUAUGUGUAAAACUGUUCUUUAAGUGUAACUUUACUAAUUAAAUUGGAUUAAAUAAGUACAGUAACUUCAUAA